AAAAGCAACCAAUCAGAAUGCAGGAUUUCUGCAAACAGGUAUAUAAGACAGACAAUUUCUGUGGAACAUCAGACUUAUGUCAAUGAUCUUUACAGUGAAUACAACAGUGAAGUACAAUUUGAUACAUCUGAAGCAUGGCCUUCAAAUAUGAUACUCCAGCAAGACAUGCUAUGUUUAAAACUGCAACUCCAGUCACUAAGAAGACUUCAAGCACAUUUGAGUCACCAUUCUCAAUCCGCAGCCUCUUGAAUCUGAGAGAGGAGACAUCACUUGAAUCUACACAACCGGCUAAACUCGCACCCAGCAGCAUCAUGUCAAGUCUGACUCUAGCUGCCAAUAUAAACACUCCAGCCAAGAUGUCACAGUCGCCCAAGACUGUAUCGCCUCAGCUGAUCCCAGUACCAGCCUGUAUCUCUGCUCUGGAGGAACACUUCUACUCACUCAAGCACCAGAUGCGUGAUCCUACCAAGCUGCUGGAACUAGAGGUCUUCUAUCGUCAACAGGCCCAUCAGCUGGAAUAUGGGCGAUAUGCCCAUCUAUCAUCCUGUCUACCCAUGCAUCAACAUGCCAUCAACAUCCAGUUUGGCCAUCAGCUCCGCCUACUGGUUGAUCAAGUGGAACACAGCAUAAGAAUCUUGGAGACAUCUACCAUCACUAAGGACAGCAUUUGCAACAACCUUGCCAUAAGAGAGACUGGAAAUUCACUGAAAAACCGUCUGCCUCAGCCAAUAAUGACAUCAACUCCAAAGAAGAAAUCUGGGAUUCUCAAGAAGAAAUAUCGUAACCGUGGAGUAUACAGCUAUCACGCUAAAGAAGUGCUCGAGACUUGGUACGCAGUCAACUCUCACAGCCCCUACCCCACUACAGACAUUAUCGUCUCUCUCGCCACCAAGGCUGAGCUCUCCACGUCCCAAGUUCGCAAGUGGUUCUGCAACAAACGACACCAGUGUGGACAUGUCAACAGGAAGCUUGUUCGCCAUCUACAUCAGCAUAAUGAACCCGUUCCCAACAGCUCUGUGCAGUCUUGGAUGUAACAUUACAAAUUCAUCAAUGGACAUUCAAUGUUUACAUUAUUAAAUUGUUCAAAAUGUGUAAAUAUACUUGUAAAUAUAGUUUUUUGUAAGUUAAAUAAUUUGUUUUUAUAAAAUAAAAUAUAUAAAAAUCAAA